GCUCUACUCUAUUUAUAUGUAUAGUUCAUGCAUGUAUCAGGUUCUAUAUACUCAUUCCAAAUCAAUUCUAACAAUGGCUGCUAUUAGGAGCUUAAUCAACAAAAGGGUUUCUUCAUCAGAUGCUAUGAUGAGUAGAUUCUUCUACACUACCUUAUCAGCUGAACCCAUUAGAGAUCUAGCAAAUGAUCUUCCCAAAACCAACAUCAAGAAUCAUGUCUCCCAUCUGAUUGGGAGAACUCCACUUGUUUAUCUUAACAAAGUAACUCAAGGUUGUGGAGCUUUUAUUGCUGCCAAGCAAGAAAUGAUGCAACCUACUGCCAGUGUCAAAGACAGAGCUGCAUAUGCUAUGAUCACAGAUGCAGAGAAAGAGAAUUUGAUAUCACCAGGAAAGACAACUCUUAUUGAGCCUACUUCUGGAAACAUGGGAAUAAGCUUGGCAUUUAUGGGUGCUUUGAGAGGAUACAAGAUUAUUUUGACCAUGCCAUCAUACACAAGUUUGGAGAGAAGAGUUACCAUGAAAGCUUUUGGAGCUGAGUUAGUACUCACUGAUCCAACCAAGGGAAUGGGUGGAACUGUUAAGAAGGCUUAUCAACUUCUAGAAACCACACCAAAUGCUCACAUGCUACAACAAUUUUCAAACCCAGCCAAUAGUCAAGUGCACUUUGAGACAACAGGUCCAGAGAUAUGGGAGGAAACAAAUGGAAAAGUUGACAUAUUUGUCAUGGGAAUAGGCAGUGGAGGCACAGUCACUGGUGUAGGAAGAUACCUUAAAUCCAAGAAUCCUAAUGUUAAGAUUUAUGGUGUGGAGCCAGCUGAAAGUAAUGUUCUAAAUGGUGGUAAACCUGGUCCUCAUGAAAUUACUGGAAAUGGAGUUGGAUUCAAACCAGAUAUACUGGACAUGGAUAUAAUGGACAAAGUUAUUGAAAUCCGAAGUGAAGAUGCAAUUAACAUGGCUAGGCAAUUGGCCUUAAAGGAAGGACUCAUGGUAGGGAUAUCAUCUGGAGCUAACACAGUUGCAGCACUCAAACUAGCCAGCAUGCCUGAGAACAAAGGCAAACUCAUUGUGACUGUUCAUCCAAGCUUUGGAGAGAGAUACUUGUCUUCUAUUCUGUUCCAAGAGCUUAGGAGAGAAGCUGAAAACAUGCAGCCAGUAUCUGUUGAUUAAUUAAAUUAAAUUGCCUUUU